CAUACACAAUCAUUUGUCACACACACACACAGUGUCUGAUUUCUUAAACCAAUAGAAGCUAGACUCAACAUAUUGUAGCCAUGGAUGCAGAACCACAAUCAUCUGGUGCACCCCAAAAAGGUGGUUGGGUCACCUUUCCUUUCCUCAUAGUGACCAUGGCGGGGUUGACACUAGCAGCCGGAGGAUGGAGUAGUAAUAUUAUUGUGUAUUUAAUAAACGAGUUUAACAUCAAAAUCAUUGAUGCUGCUCAGAUCGCAAACAUUCUAGGUGGCUGUAUGGCCUUGUCCCCGAUUAUUGGUGCCAUAUUAGCCGACUCGUAUCUUGGCUCGUUCAUAGUCAUUUGGGUUUCAUCACUUGUGUCCAUGGUGGGGAUACUAGUAUUAACCUUAACAUCAACACUAGAUCCAUUAAAGCCCAAACCAUGUGAAAACGGCCAGAGUCCUUGUAUAGGCCCGUCAAAAGCCCAAAUUGGAAUCUUGUACACGAGCCUGGCUCUUUCAACCAUGGGCGUGGCGGGUACAAGGUUCACGUUAGGCUCAAUGGGUGCAGAUCAAUUCGGAAACCAGAAGCACCAACAAGUUUACUUUAACUGGCAUUACUUUGCUCUAAAAGUUGCGUCACUUGUUAGUAUUGUGGGGAUAGUUUAUAUCCAAGACAACGUGAGUUGGGGUUUAGGGUAUGGUUUAAGUGGUGCGGCUAAUUUAGUUGGGUUAGUCGCUUUUGUGAUGGGUAGUCGAUACUAUUUGCUACUCAAGCCACAAGGCAGCCCAUUUACCGGAUUGGGUUGUGUUUUAGUGGCCGCUUUCCAAAAAAGGAAACUUUUAUUGUCACCAAUGAUAGAAGAUUACUGCCAAGAACAAACACCUGGAGGAACAAAGUUGAUAAAUACAACAAAUAGCUUCAAAUUCCUUAACCAUGCAGCCCUAGUGACCGAAGGCGACAUGAACCCAGACGGCUCCGUUAACAAACCAUGGAACCUAUGCACAUUGCAACAAGUAGAAGACCUCAAAACUCUAAUCAGGAUCUCCCCAAUUUGGUCAACUGGUAUCCUCUUGCACACCCCAAUAGCCACCCAAAUGAGCCUAAUUGUCCUCCAAGCUCUAGCCAUGGACCGCCAUCUUGGACCACGGUUCCAAAUCUCAGCCGGGACCAUGAUAGUCUUUGCUACGAUCUCGACUUCUAUCUCUCUAGCCCUGAUGAACUGUUUCCUUCUUCCUCUAUUCCAUAAAUUAACCCGCACCUCUCCCACACUUCUAAAACGAAUUGGGAUCGGUCACAUUCUCUCCAUUUCAAGCAUGGCACUCUCAGCACUGGUUGAGUCAAAGCGGCUCACAACCGCUCGAACCCACAAGCUAACUGGCAACUCGAUCGUGCCAAUGUCAGUGUUUUGGAUGGUCCCUCAACUAGUAGUUGUGGGUGCUGGAAUAGCGUUUAUGUUCCCGGGUCAAGUGAUGUUUUAUUACCAAGAGUUUCCAAAGUCGAUUAAGAACACAGCGGCAGCGAUGGUGGCAGUGGUUAGCGGGACUGCGUGUUUUUUGGGAACCGCGGUGGUUGAUUUGAUCAGAAAAACAACAGGGUGGUUGCCUGAUGGUAUAAAUGAUGGGAGGAUGGAUAAUGUUUAUUGGGUAUUGGCAAUUGUUGGGUUGAUCAACUUUGGAUAUUAUUUGGUAUGCUCAUGGAUGUACAAGUACCAAAACGUUGAAAACAAGGAGCCCAUUAGUCAUUAGUUCUUAUCCUUAGGAGAUAUAUACACACACAUGGUAUAUUGUGUAUAUAUAGUUGUAUACAUUUAUCAGUUUGGAAUGAAGAACACUUAUGGUGUUGAAUGUUUAGUUUGUACCGGGAUAAUCGAACUAGACUGGAACGGAACUUGAAAAUCUGAGUUCUGUUUUUUGUUUGGGUUUGUCCCAAAUUUGCUCAUCUAUUUCGGAUAAUAUACUUACCUAUAGGGUGUUGACAGUC